UUGCCGGUUCCGCUGCGCUCUCGGGGUCAAAGGUUAUUCGGAGCGCUCCACGCUGGGGCGGCCUACCACACAGCUGGCGAGUUUCGCGGGAACGCACGCGUGACACGUUGUCUCUUAUUUUCGUCCGUCCAGCGUACAUUUUCCGGCCAUCAGCUAAUCUACCAAGUGAAGAUGGAGGACAUGGAAAAGUACAAAGAAAUCGAGACGUGGACACCGCCGGCUAUGAAAGAUUACCUGAGAGCCAGGGGGUGGAAAACGACUGGCAACAAGGCGAUGCUGGUCGCAAGAUGUUUCAGCGCCUGGAAAACAACAUCCCCGUGCAGCCCUCAGCAGCAGAGCUUGCUGAAACCGCGAAGAAGGAAUAUGUCCAGCUGGUGGAGGGACUGCCAGACCCCCUCAAGUUCGCACCUGACGCCUGGGUGACAGAAGCCGAGGGAAUGGCAAGCUGGCCAAAUGUCAUGUACAAUGACAUCUGUGACCAUGUGAUGAAGGAACACCCAGGUAAGAAGCAAGACGUCACCAAGCGUCUCCUGAACGAUUACAAAGAAGGAAAGGCAUUUACGUACUACAUCGAUGGGUGGCUGCAAGAGAUCUACUCUUGCAAGCAAGGUGGCUACAUCUUCUUGCUGGCGAAGUGUAGGCCAUCGCAAAGAAUAAACGACAUACACCACAAGACAUGGGUGUGCUGCCACCCUACUGGCACAGUGAGGACAGCCUACUGCUCCUGUACAGCUGGGUUGGGGCAGUCAUGCAACCACGUUGCAGCACUGCUGUUCAAGGUUGAGGCAGCAGUGCGGACCAACCUAGUGAACCCUGCGUGCACGUCUAUAGCCAGUGUGUGGAACACUGCCUCAGGGAAAAGCAUCAAGUCCAGCAGAACCCAGGACAUGGAGUUCACAAAGACAAAAUUCUGCAAAACUGUUGAUCUGUGUCAAGUGCUUUCUUCUGAGAGACAACCAAUGCAACAUCUAAGAUUCCCGACCGGUGGCUCAAGUGCAGAAGAGACUGUACCAGCCUGUAGGGAACAGGCACCAACUGUCAGAUGACGUCAACAGAGCCAACCUGACCGAGGUUCUUCGACCAGCUUUGCCUGGUGCUACGAUGUACACAGCCUUUGAGGUGCAGCACCACCAGCGAGACGAUGCAUCUGCACAGCCUUUGACUCCCCAGUCCCUUUCAAUGGAUGUUA